GCCCCAGACAAGUCGGCGCUCUAACUAAUCCUAAAACUUGCUCAUCUGUAGAACACAUUCAUUAGCUUCCACAAGUACGCGGACCCGUCUUGACAGCUUUAUGUGACAAGCACUCUCUUGCCGCAAGUGAGGACUGUCGACCAUCCUCACAAUGUUCAAUCGCAUCGACAAUCCCCGUGGCGAGCAGGCGUUUGACACGUCUGUCGCUUUCUCCGUCAUAGCCUUUGUCAGUGUCGUCCUGCGGUUGUACACUCGAUGGUUCAUCGUUCGUGCUCCAGGUAUCGAGGACCACCUCAUCUUAGUAGCAACACUCUGUUCCAUUUGUUUGACUAUCGCCAUUGCCUACCAGGUGAAAUGGGGAAUGGGUAUGCACUCGACUUCAUUAUCAGCAGAGGACAAUGUCAAAGUCUCGAAGGCUUUCUGGGCAUCACUGAUCGUCUACUACCUAUCACUCGGACUGACGAAGAGCUCGCUUCUUCUGCAGUACCACCGAGUAUUCCCGACCCGCAAGUUUCGACUCAUGUGCUGGUGCGUCUUCGCAGUAGUAAUAGCCUACACUGUCUGGACGGUCUUCGGCAGCAUCUUCGCUUGCGUACCAGUGCGUGCUUUCUGGACCAAGGAGGACGCAUACUGCCUUGAUCAGUUCGCCAUGUGGUUCACCAACGCGGCCAUCAACAUCGUCACGGACUUCGUCAUUAUUCUCCUCCCGAUGCCAGUGAUCCGACGAUUGCAACUCGGGAAAAGACAAAAGUCAGCUCUGAUUGGAAUCUUCGCUGUCGGCGGCUUCGUCUGCAUCGUCUCGAUUCUGCGUCUCCAAUCACUCGUCGCUAUCUCCAACUCCACCGACCAGAGCUACGACAACCCCGCCGCCGCCACGUGGAGCUCCGUCGAAGCCAACGUGGGCAUCAUCUGCUCCUGCCUCCCGCUGCUCCGGCCCCUGAUGACCAAAUGGCUGCCCGGCGUUUUCUCGUCGCACCGCCGCGACACGCGCAGCACGCCGCGCAUCUACCCGACCAUCGGCACUGCGCGUAGUCGCCCCUUGGCGAGCCACAACGGCGACAUCUCGCUGGAAACCACGGCGAAGGCGUCGCGGCCUGGGUCCCACGGCUCGAGCGACAUAGACGCUGGCGACAUCCAGGUCGAGACGCAUAUCCACAUCAAGGUCGAGGGCGGCGGAGACCGGUUCAGUGGCUGGGCCACGCCGGAGAGUAAAGGGCGAGAUGGACGGGAUAGUACUGACACGCUGGUCAAGGAGUCGAGGAGUGCCGUUUAGCGCUUUUGAUGGUACCGUUUUAAUUAGUAUUGAUACCCAGCUUGAUAGCAUACUUUCAUAUACAGCACUGACACGACAUUGUCUGUCCUGCCCGUGACUGUGCCUGUAGACAACUUGAGCAUUGUCACGACAGGUCGAUUGUAAUAAUAGACUACGUCAAGCACCCGCGAAACCCAGCCCCAUAAAAAGACCACCGGACUCAGAACCUCCGGUCUGAGCCCCCACGCACCGUAGACACACUACCGCACCCUGGCAUGUCCACCAUCGCUAUCUGAGGCGAGAAGUUACACAAAUGCUAACAAAUACUUCAGUCAGGCGUACUUAGUCUGAUAGGAAAGACUCUCGACGAGGCGACUCAUUGUAUUUUCCUCGAAUGUGCUUGGUUGCAUUGGUAUCAUUAAUU